AUGUCGACCGAAUCCGAGAUCCGUUCUCGUCGGGACUCCUGGCCUCCUACUCAGAUGCGCCUCCAGCCUACCAUCUCUACCAAGACAACUCCUCUUCCACCUCUGGACGACAUCGACGAUGAUCCUCUUACAUACUUUCUUACACCGGCGCCUCUUCUCGACAUUGAUGAUGAUGCCGACGACGCCUUGUUCGACUUUGAUGCUGGUAUCGAGGAUGCUAGUGCCCCUCGACUCUUCGUCCGCAGUGUAAGCCCAUCUACUCUCGACGGACUCCGCAAGCCUGGCCUUCGACCCAUGUCACCCGACUCCAGCUCCGAGAUUUCAGAGUCCAACAACGAGGAUGACGACGAUGAUGACGAGGAGGAGGAGUACAUCAGCUUCUCACCCAACAAGCACGGCCUGCUAUCCCUCCGUGACCUCUUCAUUAACAGCCGCCCACCAUCCCGCCCAAAGACACCCGCUUUCAACCAAACCGCCAACAACGCCCUUCUAUCACCAACUUCUCUUUCAAGCAGCCCAAAGCUCCGUGGCAGGUCAAGAGGACGUGGCCGCCGUGGAGCCAGCUCUCGAGGUCACUCAGCAGCACGACGACCUGGACAGUUGUGGCGUGAGCCAAGCCCUGAUGUAUGGUCCAUUGAGGAAGAGACCGAGGAGGAGUUGAUGAGCGAGAUUGGAAGCAGCUGUGGUGCUCGCAGCGACACCAGUGACGAUGAGGAUGCCGAGGGUGAGAAGCGAAAGGAGAAGAAGUCCAAGCCAACCAAGAAGGUUCGCUUUGUGCUGCCUGCUGUUGAGGUUUAA